UGCCGCCGCCUCCUCCCGCGGGGCGGCGCGGAGGCCGGGGCGGGCGGCGCGGGGGGCGCGGCGGCCAAGGCGGGCGGCGCGGGCGACAUGACGGACAACAUCCCGCUGCAGCCGGUGCGCCCCAAGAAGCGGAUGGACAGCAGGCCGCGCGCAGGGUGCUGCGAAUGGCUGAGAUGCUGUGGUGGAGGGGACCCCAGGCCCCGCACCGUCUGGUUGGGGCAUCCCGAGAAGAGGGAUCAGAGGUACCCUCGAAAUGUCAUCAACAAUCAGAAGUACAAUUUCUUCACCUUCCUGCCCGGGGUGCUGUUCAACCAGUUCAAGUACUUCUUCAACCUCUACUUCUUGCUGCUCGCCUGCUCCCAGUUCGUUCCCGAGAUGAGACUCGGGGCGCUCUAUACCUACUGGGUGCCCCUGGGGUUCGUGCUGACCGUCACCGUCAUCCGCGAGGCCGUGGAGGAGAUUCGCUGCUACGUGCGUGACAAGGAGGUCAACUCUCACGUCUACAGCCGGCUCACGUCGCGAGGGACGGUGAAGGUGAAGAGCUGCAACAUCCAGGUGGGAGAUCUCAUCAUUGUGGAGAAGAACCAGCGGGUUCCUGCCGACAUGAUCUUCCUGAGGACGUCGGAAAAAAACGGCUCUUGCUUCUUGCGGACGGACCAGCUGGACGGGGAGACGGACUGGAAACUGCGGCUGCCAGUGGCCUGCACGCAGAGGCUCCCCACUGCCGCCGACCUGCUCCAGAUCCGCUCCUACAUCUACGCCGAGGAGCCCAACAUCGACAUCCACAACUUCGUGGGCACUUUCACCAGAGAGGACAGCGACCCACCCAUCAGCGAGAGCCUGAGCAUCGAGAAUGCCCUGUGGGCGGGCACCGUCAUUGCAUCCGGCACCGUGGUGGGGGUCGUGCUGUACACGGGCAGAGAGCUCCGGAGCGUCAUGAACACUUCCAACCCGCGGAGCAAGAUCGGCCUGUUCGACCUGGAGGUGAACUGCCUCACGAAGAUCCUGUUCGGCGCGCUGGUGGUGGUGUCGCUGGUGAUGGUGGCCCUGCAGCACUUUGCCGGCCGCUGGUACCUGCAGAUCAUCCGCUUCCUCCUGCUCUUCUCCAACAUCAUCCCCAUCAGCCUGCGUGUGAACUUGGACAUGGGCAAGAUCGUGUACAGCUGGAUGAUCCGCCGGGACCCCAAGAUCCCCGGCACCGUCGUGCGCUCCAGCACCAUCCCCGAGCAGCUGGGCAGAAUCUCCUACCUGCUCACCGAUAAGACAGGAACUCUGACGCAGAACGAGAUGGUUUUCAAACGGCUCCAUCUGGGCACUGUAGCCUAUGGGCCCGACUCCAUGGAUGAAGUGCAGAGCCACAUCUUCAGUGUGUACACGCAGCAGGCCCAGGAGCCCCCUGCCCAGAAGGGCCCCACGCUCACCACCAAGGUCCGGCGCACCAUGAGCAGCCGCGUGCACGAGGCGGUCAAGGCCAUCGCGCUCUGCCACAACGUCACCCCCGUGUACGAGUCCAACGGCGUCACCGACCAGGCCGAGGCCGAGAAGCAGUACGAAGACUCGUGCCGCGUGUACCAGGCGUCCAGCCCCGACGAGGUGGCCCUGGUCCAGUGGACUGAGAGCGUGGGCCUGACCCUGGUGGGCCGGGACCAGUCCUCCGUGCAGCUGAGGACCCCUGGCGACCAGAUCCUGAACUUCACCAUCCUGCAGAUCUUCCCGUUCACCUACGAGAGCAAGCGCAUGGGUGUCAUCGUGCGGGACGACAGCACGGGCGAGAUCACCUUCUACAUGAAGGGCGCGGACGUGGUCAUGGCCGGCAUCGUGCAGUACAACGACUGGCUGGAGGAGGAGUGUGGGAACAUGGCCCGGGAGGGGCUGCGGGUGCUCGUGGUGGCCAAGAAGUCUCUGGCUGAGGAGCAGUAUCAGGACUUCGAAGCCCGUUACGUCCAGGCCAAGCUGAGCGUGCACGACCGGUCCCUGAAAGUGGCCACGGUCAUCGAGAGCCUGGAGAUGGAGAUGGAGCUGCUCUGCCUGACCGGCGUGGAGGACCAGCUGCAGGCGGACGUGCGGCCCACGCUGGAGACGCUGCGGAACGCGGGCAUCAAGGUUUGGAUGCUGACCGGGGACAAGCUGGAGACGGCCACCUGCACAGCCAAGAACGCGCACCUGGUCACCCGGAGCCAGGACAUCCACGUCUUCCGGCUGGUGACCAACCGCGGCGAGGCGCACCUGGAGCUGAACGCCUUCCGGCGGAAGCACGACUGCGCCCUGGUCAUCUCGGGGGACUCCCUGGAGGUCUGCCUCAAGUACUACGAGUACGAGUUCAUGGAGCUGGCCUGCCAGUGCCCGGCCGUGGUCUGCUGCCGCUGCGCCCCCACCCAGAAGGCCCAGAUCGUGCGGCUGCUGCAGGAGCGCACCGGGAAGCUCACCUGCGCCGUCGGGGACGGGGGCAAUGACGUGAGCAUGAUCCAGGAGGCCGACUGCGGUGUGGGCGUGGAGGGCAAGGAGGGGAAACAGGCCUCUCUGGCCGCCGACUUCUCGGUCACGCAGUUCCGGCACCUGGGCCGCCUGCUCAUGGUUCACGGGCGGAACAGCUACAAGCGCUCGGCCGCCCUCAGCCAGUUCGUGAUCCAUCGCAGCCUCUGCAUCAGCACCAUGCAGGCCGUCUUCUCGUCCGUGUUCUACUUCGCCUCGGUUCCGCUCUACCAAGGCUUCCUCAUCAUCGGGUACUCCACCAUCUACACCAUGUUCCCCGUCUUCUCGCUGGUGCUGGACAAGGACGUGAAGUCGGAGGUGGCCAUGCUGUACCCCGAGCUCUACAAGGACCUGCUCAAGGGACGCCCACUGUCCUACAAGACCUUCCUCAUCUGGGUGUUGAUCAGCGUCUACCAAGGGAGCACCAUCAUGUACGGCGCGCUGCUGCUCUUCGAGUCCGAGUUCGUGCACAUCGUGGCCAUCUCCUUCACGGCGCUCAUCCUCACCGAGCUGCUCAUGGUGGCGCUCACCAUCCAGACGUGGCACUGGCUCAUGACCGUGGCCGAGCUGCUCAGCCUGGCCUGCUACAUCGCCUCGCUCGUGUUCCUGCACGAGUUCAUCGACAUGUACUUCAUCGUCACGCUGUCCUUCCUGUGGAAAGUGUCGGUGAUCACGCUGGUCAGCUGCCUCCCACUCUACGCGCUCAAGUACCUUCGCCGCCGCUUCUCCCCGCCCAGCUACUCCAAGCUCACGUCCUAGGCGCGGCCGCAGCCGGGCCGC